CUAUAUUCUGCCAUGAUAAUUGGACUGCUCUCGGACCAUUAAUUGAUGUUAUGGGUGUGAAUGGACCGAGAGUUUCUAGCAUUCGAUUUAUAUCCAUUACAUCCCAAACUAUUUCAAAAGGUACUUGGGUCCUUCCUAGAAGGAUACAUCCAAUUCUUAAUUUGCUACAUGCAUGUUUAUCUAAUAGCGUUCUAGACGUGACCUGCAAUUUGCUAAAAAAACUUUCUUUUGGAGCUGCACAAUCGACUCACCUCCUGGUAUUUUCUCUUCAUCCAAGACUUGGAUUUCUUUACAUUCCCAUUCACCAUCUCUGCCGUGGGCUAAAACAAAUUCCAAAAUAUGCUUUCAUUAUGUGGAUUACCGUCCGAAAUCCAUUGACAACAAGAGACAAGCUUCGAAGUUUAAGUUUGAAUGUUCCAAAUGUUCUUUCUCAUUCGAGGUAUGGAAUUCUUUCUUCAGUCAUAGAACUCUCUCUCUCUCCGUCUUUUUCUUUUGAGAAUGUGGUUAGUUGCGUCCAACUGACUUCAACAAACCAGAAGUGUAUGGAAAGAGAGAAGUUCCAGAUUGUAUACUUCAAUUUCAAAGCCUCUUCAAAUGAUUGUAAAGGAAAUUCAAGUCAUUAUGCGCGCAAAACUGUUUGGCUUAGAUCGCAAUGCUUGACUGAACUAUCAACUUUCUUCAAC